AUGUCUGAUUUAGAUGAAUAUGAAUCUCAAGAAAGAAUCGCUGUUAAAGAUGGCUUUUCAGUGCGUGUAGUUGAGUACAAGACCAUCAAGCUUAUGUCAAGUUUUUUAACAGUAUUUCUUUUAAUUGAUAUAAUUUUCUCCUGCAAACUUUUUCUUUCUGCAAUACAGAUCAGAUCGCAUCUUGGGUAUUUUAUUAAUAUGAUUACUAGCGGCGAUGGUGAUACUUUACCCGCGUUGCAAGCUGUCCCAGUGUUAUUUUUUCUGAUUAUUAAUUUAUUGAUGUGUUAUUAUGUUUAUGCGGUGUGGGAACCUAGCGAGCAACCUAACGCAAAUCGAACGAUGUUCUUUUUAAUUAUUUUGGCUCUUGUUAUGGUGGUUGUUUUAUUGAUAAUUAUUAUUAGUGUAAUCGCACACGCGUAUAGCACGCAUCAGAAACUCCACGAUGGUAUUGUGACUGCAAUGAAUCACUAUUUGAACAGUACUACAUAUAAAUCACAGAUUGAUCGGCUACAAAUUGAAAUGCAAUGUUGCGGAAGCAAGAAAUAUGACGAAUGGUAUACGAUCAAGUGGCAAGAUCAAACACUGGAAAAAGAAACUGGUUCUGCCGCUGAUGGUAAUGCUCCGUUUAGUUGUUGUUCUAUGAAAUCACUUUCUCCCUGUGUCCAUCAUAAGAUCGAAGUCACAGGAAAAGCAUAUUUGUAUACUCCUGAAUUUAAUUUAAGUAUUUCGACAAGAGGCUGUUACGAAAUGAUUCGCGAGAAAAAACAAAAAGUUGGUUGGAUUAUUGUGGGUAAUUUGUGUCUCUAUAUUAUCCUCGAGAUUGUGACUUUAAUUCUGUUCAGGUUUAUACAGACGGCUCAUUUUGAAAACCGGCGAUUUUACGGAAGUGCUCGUUCGUACACAAUCUGGCUUUUCGGAAGUUACAGUGGCAAAGUGAAAGACAAUAAAACACCCCCAACACCUCCACCCGUACCUCAGGAAUUGAAAGACUGACUUUUGCAAAAAAUAUAUUAAAUAAACGAUCACCAGCAUAUUUGUUUAUCUGAGACCAAAUUCUUGAGUGUUUUCUCUGUAAUCAAUCGCAUUGCGAAUGUCGGUAUCGACGAGUUAAAUAAAACGGCCAAAAUAUUA